GCCGCCGACAUGGAAUGGCGUCGUAACACGUUGAUUAUUCGCAGGCGACGGAUCUGUCAGGUACGAUUUGACAGCUCGCCAGGGCCGCGCUCUUCUGUCCGCUUCUCAAGGCUGGCUACUGCCUGCAGCAUCUCCACCCGCUGUGCAUCCUCUUCGUGUAUUUGAAAGGUCGAGAGCUCGCUUUCUUUUCUUGUUUUCAGCUUCCUAAGGCACAUACUUGCAUAGCCUAAUACCUGUCACCGCGCGUUGACUGCUUCAGUUCCAAGGUCCCAUCCACGGGGCGCUGCAUGUUUGUUGCAACCGCCUGGAAAGGAUUAUAUAUCCAGUCUUUCAAGCCAAAUCGUUCCCUGAAGCCCUCUUCGUUCCAUUCUUAGUUCCACGAAAAGCUUGAACUCUCCUCGUUUGCUCUUUCAACGACACCAUGAACGCAGCUCGCAGGACGGUCGACAAUUUCAAUGGCGCAGUGGGCGCGUCUACCUUUGGACGCAUCUUCCGCCUCGAAGGCUGCGGUCAUGAGAAAGAAAUCAAGAACACCAAAUUCACCACUGAGAUCCGUGCCGGAUUAACGACAUUCUUUACUAUGGCCUACAUCAUUGCCGUCAAUGCCUCGAUUCUAUCUGACACGGGCGGUAACUGUGUCUGCACCGACCCCGCCGGUAAAGACCCCUUAUGCCAGAACAACGCGGACUACGCCGUGUGUGUCCAGGACUUGAAUCGAUCCUUGAUUACUGCAACUGCCGCCAUUGCUGGUUUCAGCUCCUUCAUGUUUGGUUUCGUCACGAACAUGCCGGUUUGCCUUGCACCCGGUAUGGGCUUGAAUGCAUAUUUUGCCUACCAAAUCGUUGGCUUUCACGGCAGCGGGCUUGUUUCAUACAGCCUUGCGCUCACCGCCGUCUUCGUGGAAGGUUUCGUCUUCAUCUUCCUAUCGUUGAUCGGCAUGCGCCAGUGGCUCGUGAAGGUCAUCCCGGUUUCUUUGAAGAUCGCAAGCGCUUGUGGUAUUGGGCUGUUUCUUUCUGAGAUCGGUCUAAGCUACUCUGCAGGAAUCGGCGCGAUCACUGGCUCCACGGCCACUCCUCUCGAGAUCGCUGGCUGCCCACAACAGUAUCUAGAUGAGAAUGGCUUCUGUGCGAGCCACAAGAUGACUUCCCCAACCAUGUGGAUUGGUAUCUUUUGCGGUGGCAUACUAACAGCAUACCUCAUGAUCUACAAAGUCAAGAGUGCUAUGAUUGCCGGCAUCGCUCUUGUCUCUAUCAUGUCGUGGCCACGAGGAACAUCCUUCACGUAUUUCCCACAUACGCCCAUUGGCGACGACCGCUGGAACUUCUUCAAGAAAGUUGCCGAAUUCCACCCUAUCAAGGACACGCUCAACGUGCUGGACUGGGAUGUUUCCAAGGAUCCCUCCCACUUCGUACUCGCUCUUUUCACCUUCCUUUACGUGGAUAUCAUUGACUGCACGGCUACGCUGUACAGCAUGGCGCGCUUCUCCGGGGUGGUAGACCCUGAUACUGGGGACUUCCCCAGGUCGACACUCGCUUACUGCACUGACGCUUUCUGCAUCUCGGUCGGAGCUCUGUUUGGCUGCUCACCAGUCACUGCCUUCAUCGAGUCCGGAGCUGGCAUUGCCGAGGGUGGCAAGACAGGCUUGACGGCUAUGACUUGCGGUGCCUGCUUCUUCAUUUCUAUGUUCUUUGCUCCUAUCUUUGCAUCCAUCCCUCCUUGGGCCACAGGAUGCACCCUCAUACUUGUGGGUUGCUUGAUGAUGCAACAAGUGAGCAUGAUCAACUGGCGCUACAUUGGCGAUUCUGUCCCCGCUUUCGUCACGGUCAUGUUCAUUCCGUUUGGUUACAGCGCUGCCUAUGGCCUCAUUGCCGGCCUCAUGGUGUAUACAGCCCUAAACGGGCUGAUCUACCUCACGAAGAUGAUCUCUCGUGGCCGCAUCGUUCCACAAGACGAGGAUCACCGCGAGUACUGGACAAUCAAGCCACACGGGAAGCUUCCUUGGUUCAUCACCGCCACUCAAGCUGUCGCUUCCCACUUUGGGCACGGAAGCAGCCAUGUUCCAAAGCAAGACGCCGCAUCCACCAAGAGCGGUGAGUCGCAGGAGCGGUUCCGUUCUGGCUCGAAGAGCUCCAAUCAAGAGCUGGAUACGGUAGUGGUUAUUCCAAGAGACCCGCGCGACGAGAAGGUGCUUCGGAAACUGUGAACAGGGAGUGUGCGGUAAUGAUAAGGGUACUAUUCCUGUUCCUGGAGGGGGUGUCGGUGCUUCUUUUCCCAGGCGGGGCCGACAAGAUGUAUUACUUGAGGGGCUCAGCGGCUAAGUUGAUGGCCUCUGCAGCGCUGUAUUUUUAUCACUGCCAUCCGUUAAUAGCGCGACCACCAACGGAGUUUCUUUCGGUUGAAUACAACAGUCA